UAAGCUUUUUUAUAAACAAGAUCUCAACCCAACGGCUAUAUUUCCUACCCUAUCUUCCAUUAUUCAAUUUCAAUAAUAACACUCAUUUGACAUACCUGUUUUUCUAUUGCAUUCCCACAACGGUUCAUUUAUUUAUCCUCAUAAAACCAUCAAAUCAUAUUAACAUUUUCUUACAUUUUUCAUUAUAAACCAAAUUACAUAAUCAUUUUCCUUUGGCACCCUUCUUAUACUUCAACUCUGUCUCCAAUGGACACUAACACUACUGUCACAACUAUCUCUGCUACUGCUCCUACUACUGAUGCUAAGGUUCAAACGGUAACCAAGAAAUCUUCUGAUGAGCUACUUAGAAAGUUCGCCGAAGUGGGCUCCGACGAGAAGAAAGAGUUGCGUCUUAUCAAACGCAGGAAGAAGAGGAUGGAAACUCAAUGUGAGAGUCCUUCUAAUGGGGGCACCACCGUGGUUGAAAGGAGGUCCCUUUUGCCACCAACGGUUAGCCGGAGAUCGGUGUUGCUCCGGCAGCUCAGGGGUAGAGAUAUAAGGAAUAAGUCAUCACUUUUGGGAACCAUUCACAAGACAUGGCGCAGAACUGUAGAAGGUGCCUCUAGAGUUUUCAUGGAAAAGCAUUAUCAUCGGCAUAAGCGUUUGAUCAGUGAUAUUGUUUAGGCUCUUUUGAGGGCUUGAGUAUUUUACAAGCUAUGCAAGUUUGUGAUCCCAUGAAAGCAAGGCUCACCUCACCUUGUGUAUAUUGCACUAUUUCUUUUCAUUGUUUCUAUUCUUUUUUACUUCAAUAUCAAUUAAAAUGUAUUGUUUUGACGGUGUUUGAUUAUAUAAAUUAGUACCAACUGGCCUUGUCAUUCUGCAUGUGAAACAUGGCAAGUGAAAGUGGAGUAGAAUUCAAGGGAUUUUGGGGCCGAAGAUUUAAAUAUGAUUGGACUGUAUUGUUUUCCUAGCUAUAAAUCACACAAGAAUUAGCCUAAAUA